AUGGCUGGCGACCGAUACACCAUUAGUCGGGAUCGGAUGGCAGAUUUGCGUGCCAGCACUGACAGUACCGAAGCCUUUGGACCUCGUCGUGGUGCAAGAGGAAAUCGUCGAUCGACUAGUCCUCGUCGUCAUCAAUCACCCACUGCAACACGACAACCACAACAACAAGCAUCACCCACGCCAUCACCGGUACGACAACAACAGCAGCGGCCUGUAGAUGAUCAUGUGGCUGAUCUUUCAACUAUGGAUGGGUAUUUAUCCGAGGUUGGAUUAAUUAGCGAUGCGAUUGACCAAGUAAAAGCUGACAUUGAGCGACAAGAACAACUACACAGCCAAGCUUUGGAAUCUGCCACAAAUGAUCAGCAAGCGACUCGUAUUACUCAAGCAUCCAAAGUGAUGGCGGAUCAAAUAUCGGAUCAAAAUAAUCGUAUCAAGCGGAGAAUACAAGCAUUGAUGAGCCAUUGUGGUGGACCCGAUGGCAAAAUACGACACAUGCAAGCACAACGACUCAAACAAGACUUUGUCAAUGUCAUCCAGCAAUACCAAAAUACCGAAAACACAUUUUCGAAACGAUAUCGACAACAAGUGGCAAGGCAAAUUCGUAUUGUCAAACCGGAUGUAACGGAAGAAGAGAUCGAUGCCAUUAUGGAUUCGGACCAACAAAACCAGGUCUUUGCCCAAAGCCUACUAAAAAGUAAUCGAAGCGGACAAGCUCAAUCGGUGCUAAGUCAAGUUCAAACGCGCCACGAUGACAUAAAGCGAAUUGAAAAAACAUUACUGGAGCUCCACCAAUUAUUUGUGGAUAUGCAAACGUUGGUAGAACAUCAGGGCAAUACAUUGACUGAGAUAGAAGACCAUGCUGAAACAGCUGCUGGUGAUAUCGAAAAAGGUGUGCAUCAUGUAGAUGAUGCUAUCAAGAUUGCAAAACGUACACGAGCAAAAAAAUGGUGUUGCUUCAUUAUUGUCCUCAUCCUUCUCAUUGUGGCAGCCUUCCUCAUUUGGUGGUUUGCAUUUAAUCACAAGGGUGUCGGUGGUAAUCCUUAA